AUGAAGUACUGGUACUCCCUCGUUUUCGCUAGCUCGGCCGCUUUGGUCUGCGCCUUGCCCCAGGACACCGGUUCUGGCGCGGGUGACUCACCUUCUGUGUCCGAGCCCUUCAACGUGGAUAUCCGAGCAGACACCAAUCGCGAUGGCAAGGUUGAUAUGGAAGGCACAACCGAUAUUGAAGGGAAGGACACCUGGACUGACGAACGAGGUGCCCUUUUCCUUGCCAAUAUCGCCGACCCGAGCGGCCGCUGCUUGACUUCAUCCGUCAAAAAUGACCUGGAAAGCACGAAGAAGCUACUCAAUGAGCUUCCAAGACCUCAUUGGACGAACACCCCAGAAGAGAAGGAAUUGGCGGGUUGCCACGACGCUUCGGACGAUGUCCAACGAGCCCCCCAAAACAUGGCCACCAUCCGCACUCUUCCGGUCAAAGGACUUGGUGCAUCAGCAUCGGGAGCUAUUUCCGUUUCGGACGAUGCCGCUCGAGAUCUCGUGCGAGUUUUCCGUCCUAUCGGCGACAGCUGGGAGAUCGUCAAGAGCGAUACGACCUUUUCAGCCGAGGACUUGGCAAAAGGCCUCGAACUAGGAGUCGACGCCCGCGACACCCGCAGGCCUAAUGUCCAGCAGGCGGUCGCAGAAAUACAGAAGGUCCUAAGCGAGGCCCAGAUUCAUAAUCCAAUCAUCACGCUAGAUACGUUGGAUCCUUGGGCUCAAGAUAUAUUUGAGCCUGCGUAUACUAGCAUGCCGGGCCCCGACGGAACAGUCGCUAUACAAAUCUUGGUAGACUCGGCCAUCAUCAGAGACGGGGGAUCAAACACAUUUACCUACACCUCGUCUCGAGAUUUUGGCGUCGGCACAGUGCAAUACUAUGGCCGUGGUAAUGGCCAGGCCACCCUUGAUUCUAUGGGGAAUAUAGAGACUAUCCCACCAUACGAGCACAAAGGCAAGAAGUAUCCCGCCGGGAGGAUCGUUACAGGAGGCGACGAAGCGACAGGCAAUGUUGCCUUUAUUACGGAUUUCUAUCGCGCUCAAGAAGUUCAGAGCCCUCUUAUCCUGGACUCGACGUGGCUCAUGGUUAAGCACGUCGAUGAAUUUGUUCAGUUUCUGCCUGUCGACACGGAACGGCGUUGGUGUGUUAUGAUAAACGACCCCAAGGCAGGGUUCGAGCUUGUGAAGCAAGCUCAAAAGAACGGCGCUGGAGGGGACCCGGUUAUUUCGAAGCCUGAAGGUGUAAGGCAAUCAAUCGACUCCUUCUUAGCUACCGACAUCAACACUCAAGCCCGCGAUAUUGCUGCAGAACGCAUUCAAAAGACCAUUGAUGUCCUGAAAGAAGAGACCGGUGUUACAGAUGCGGAGAUCUUUCGUGUUCCCGCACUGGUCUCCACUUACAGAAUCACACACGCCCAGACUAAUUUUCAGGAGUCGAAACUCCGCCGGCGACAAGACAAUGACAGUACCAUUGAAGAACCGGAGGACCCCGGCAACGAUAUUGUCAUGGAUACUCAACUGGAGGCGGUGGUGAACGGCUUGGUGGUCAACAAUUCCACGUACAUCUGCCCUAAACCUUGGGGUCCGGUUGUGAACGGCAAGUCUAUAUUCGAAGAAGCUGUGCAGAAAGUUUACGGAGACCUUGGCUACACGGUCAAGUUUGUGGACGACUGGCUCUUUCACCAGGCUUCUGGAGACCUCCAUUGUGCAACCAACACUUUGCGCGAAGCAUCGGCAUCUUGGUGGGGACAAGAUUCGAUUCAGCAGAACGGGGUCUCGACCAACCCCGCAGGUGCCCCGCAACAGCCACAAAGCUCUGGCUCUGCCACGCAACAGGCUCCAUAA